AUGGAAAUCGCCCGAGCCGCAAUCAACGGUGGGGCACGCAUGCUGCAACUGCGCGACAAGCUGCGCGACAAGGGGGAGCAGCUGCCGCUGGCGACGGUUCUUCGCGAUUUGUGCGCGGCCAACGACGCUUUGCUGAUCAUCAACGACCACGCCGACCUCGCGGCCGCCAUCGGCCCUGACCAUGUGGGAUUGCACGUCGGGCAAACCGACUUGCCAGUCGCUGAAGCCCGCAAAAUCCUUGCGCCGGGGCAAGUGCUGGGUCGUUCCAAUCGAGACCCCGACCUGAUCAUCGAGUCGCAGCAGAUGGGCGCUGACCACGUGGCCUUCGGCGCAAUGUACACCACAACCACCAAACCGAUGAUACGCAACCCGCAGGGGCCGGAGCGUUUGAAACAGGCCCGCGCCGCCGCUCAGGUGCCUCUGGUAGCGAUCGGAGGCAUUACAGCUGCCAACGUUGGGCCGGUGGUUGAGGCUGGGGCCGACGCCAUCUGCGUAACCGCCGCGGUGGGCAGCGCUCCCAGAUCCAGAAGCCGCCGCCGCUGCGCUUACCGACGCGAUUCGAGCCGCCGGCGGACGGGUUUAGGUCGCAUCCCAGAUGCCAACCCGCUACAGCUCAAAGCUGGUGGCCAUGUCGGCCGCCGCCGUUGA